AUCCCAAUUCGGUUCGGUUUUCAAGGCUCUUUCAUUCCGGGAAUCGUCGAAAAAGAGAGCAUUGUUGGUUUUUUUAAAUAAAAGUUUACACAGUGUUUUCAACUGGGAAGUGAUUAUAAAAACUAGGGUUAGCGUGGUGAAACAAUGAAGAGCCUUUCCGGUUUAUUACCGGUCCUCGCGAUUUUUUUAUCAUUCGAUUCUGUGCGAGCGCGACCGCAAGCCAACGGCCAGCCAAUCUCAGGGGUUGGCAUCGUUGAAAAAGUAGAGAGAGUUAACUUACACGAAAAAGUUAACUCCUCCGGAUCAAAUAACAGGGUUUAUCUAGAUGUCUCAAGCGUCAGAGGCACAACGGAAGAAAGCAGGGAAGCUCUCUUGGAAACCUCACCCCCACAAAUUGUAGCCGAUCUAAAAAUUUCAUCUGCACUGACGACAUCAGCUGUCAACAGCACAAACGAUGAAACCAGUCGAACAGCCGUCACAAAACCCACUCCUAUCGGGGAAUCUCUCAAAACCGUCACGAAGCAGCUAUUGCACUCGCCCAGUGCAACAGACAUGGCGGUCACAGAUGUUAGAACUCCACCCAAAAUAAAACAUCAGCUCUUGAGCCACGAAAUGAUAGCUCUCGGGAAAGGGGAGGCAGUUCCUGUGAUCAUGGAGGACGAAAACCAUAAUUACGAAAAAUUAUCCAGUCCGCAAAGUCAAACAUCCCAAAGCCACAUUGGAAUCGGCUCUUACAGCAAACGACCUAUCGAAGAUUCGACCUCUCAAAGCGGGCUCUCCACUUGGAUCCUCCUCAACAACGACAACGUCCAUGGUCUACACAGCAGCACGCAAAACACCGCGGUCGACGAACCGAACUUGAAGAUGACCAACAAAGCAGAAAUCACAAAAACCUCCCCCGCUACCUUCCCUGAAAACAAAGCCCCCCAAAAGAAAAAGCACAAGCCAGCAUCUACUACCCCCAACUAUUCAACAACCGAGUCCCUGCACGCCAACACCAAACAAAAGGAGGACCAAACCGCGAGCCCGAAGAAACCAGAGAAAAAGCCCAUGAUCAACCCGAACGUCAAAACCUCCAGCACGACACCUUACGUGGAGCUCUACACCGAGAGGCUCGAAGAGAUUGUGGCAGAGAUUGACCCCGCUACCGGUGAAAAGAAGCCUUUGAUCACACUCCAAGACUCGAAAUUCAAGAAUAAAACACCGGUGAUUGUUGGGCGUAUACCCCAAAAAGACAAGAUCGAAGCGUCUACCAUGAGCGCACCGACCAGCAGGACUCCCACGAGGAUCGUGUCUUCGAGCGAACCAGUAACCAAAGCCGUCAAUGAUAACAUUACCAGGUUUGGGACUCCUGUCGUGACCUUCCCCCACGUGCCGCCGCGAGUUCGCCCGAGUGCCCAGGUCAAAGAAGACGAGAAGACUCAGCAGACGAAACUCCAGCUCCAAAAACAGCAGCAACAGAAACUCCAGACCCAGUACCAGCAGAAACUGCAGCAGCAGAAGAUCCAGCAACAGCUCCAGGAGCAGAACACGAAACCCAUCUCCACGACAAUGCCACCCUUGUUCUCCCCGACAACAGCCGCCGUGACGACCCCUAAGUUGGAUGCCGCGUCGACCCCGCUCGCGACCAACGUCACGGAAACGACCCAGGCCUCCAACACGACGGCCACCCCCUCACAGGCCCCAACCAUCACCGCCACGAAGAAAACCAAGAGGCCCAGCCAGAAGAGGAAGAAGAACAAGACCCGCAGGAAGCGCCCUACGAAGACCUCGACGACGAAGAACGACCUCGAAAGCAAGGUCUCCGAGCAGGAUAACAGCCCCGCGGCCAAGAUCCCCGGAGUCCAGAACAAACCCCUGUCAACAAGGAUCUACAACUACCUGGCGAGAGAGGUCGUUCCGAACGUUGGUGUCGGCAUCGUUGGACUCAUGCUGACGGCCGGUCUCGCAGGUCUGCUGCUGUACCCGUUCGGUGGUGGCAUUGCUGCCCGAAGAACCGAGAAAUUCUCUGGAAACGCACCCGAUGGACAUAACUACUACUACAACGAAUACUCAACGACGGGAGACAUGGAUCACGGUCAAGCCGAAGAACAAGUUUUCGGACAAGUCCUGGCCGGCAUGAGCCACAGCGACCCCUACACCAACGCCUACUCGAGGGAACGACCCAACACCAACAGCUACUACCCCAACCCGAAUAACAAGUACAAGCCGGCAAGGUACGAGACAGUCGACGAUUACGCUCAAGCAGGAAUAGCCGGAUUCAAGGAAGACAUGACGCAGGAGAGUAAAUACUCAACUCUCGGAGACGUUAACAAAGACUACAAUUCUGAUGUGAACCCCAAGUACCCCUCAGUAAGUAUCAAUAACCAAGGUUCUGAGCCGUACGCUAUCACUGACCCAGAAUCGGAUGGCUCGAAUGUCAACAAGUACGUGGACCCGACCAGCUCAUCAGACGUGAAAGACCAGAAGUUCACCGCUGUCGCUGGCUCACCAACCGAUGUUAAGACCAACACGAAAUACUCAUCUACCAUCGACUCGACGUAUGACAGCUACUCCGGACAGGUCGGCCACGGGACUGUUUAUAAUGAUGAAGUAGGCUAUGGCGGAAGCAGUGACAUGGAGCACAAAAACCACCGUGUCGAUUACCAAACUCACGAGGAGAACGUUUCCAUGGAGAAAAUCAAACCAUCGGACGCCUCCGAUGAGAUCAUCACAGCCGAAGACAACAAGUCGGUUUCGUUGACACAAGCGUCGAGCAAGGAGGAACAGCCCACCUACUCUGCCCUGGAGGGUAUACCAAAGAGGAUCAACUAUAAUUAUGGCUACGAAAAGCAUACUCCCAGCGAUGAAACUUACUCCGAGUCAUUCGUCCCGAUGAACGUCAACGAGCAAGACAGUUUCAAUCACAGGUACAGCUUGCAAGUCGAACAUGGCCCGCGAAAUUUGAAAUUGGAAAACGUGCAGAUAACCGAACAGGAACCGAAAGUUAGGAGGAACAAGCGUCAGGUUCCGAGAGUUCGAGUGGGCAAGUCGGAUAAAGAAAUCGAAAACGAAAUCGAUGGAGUUCUACCAGAAGAGAUGUCAUCUUCGACCAAGAAAACAGAUGCCACAAAAGCUGGACCUUCAAGCUCAACAGCUCAGGCCGAAAGUUCAUCCGUAAGCACCCCUGAGAAUGUAAAAGAUGGCCUAAAAAGCACCACCACAAGCACGAUAGUAGACGCAACAGACGUUUCGAACGAGGAUGAGGAGCAAUUUGAGGGUGACAAAGUCGACACCAUUUCCUCCGAAAAACCAUCGGAUCCGGACCUCACAAAACCCACCACGCCACUUUCUUUCGUUGAUAUCUUGAAGAAAGUAGUCGAGUUCAAGAUCAAUCUUGCAGUUAACGUCAUUUCGACCACGGCGGACACAUUGUCAAGAUAUUUUGGCACCAUUCAGAGCAAAAUGGUCACGGCCAUGAGACACAUCAAUGAGCUGGACAAAGAAUUUAGGAAAGGAGUUGAAAAGUUAGGCGCUCAUGUGAAAGACAGUAAAAACAAACCCAGUAAAGACGGCACAAGCAGUCAAGGUGAUUCUGACGGCAAACCUCAAGCCGAUAGUUACAACCUCAAUGACGACAUCAGUCACAUCGACAUGGGUAUCGAAAGUGAUUUUAGUACCAUCAACAGUAACUUCAAUGAAAACGAUAAGAUCAUCACAAGCCAGCCAAAUAAGAAAUUGACCGAUGAUGGUGGUCUCAAUAACGCAAGUGACUGCACCAGUAAAGAUAAUUGCAAUUCAAACAAGGAACAUGCUGAGAAAAAGCACGAAUUCCAUAGCAUACGACGACGAGAUGUCUCUGUAAAGUCUGCGACCAAGAAACAUCUAAAUGUAAAAAAAUACAGACCACUAAAAAAGACUUAAGCAAUGGAACUUGCUGGUAUCUAAUUUCUAAUUAGUUUUUUACAGACUGUAAUUUUUACCUGGGUAUUUUCACGUUUGCUUUGGAUUUUUUGAUCGUCAGCAAAAUGUAAUCCAUAAACAAACGUGGUGAUUUAUUUCGAUGAAUUUUCAGUGGAAGCGCCAUUUCAAAGGAGGGCAAUACGAGCAAAUGGUCCUCUUUGGACUGAAAAACUAUACCGCAUCUUAGAAAAUUUCAAAUGCAUUUUCGGGUUAUUUUUGGAGAUUUUCCGAGAAUUUGCUCCUCAUUAAAAACACAAGUCUAAACUGAAAUGACAAUUUUCCUGUUCAAAACAUUUUGGUUUAAUUUUAAUGUUUCUAAAUGGUUUAUCUUGUGGCCUCGGGAAAUUCAUAAAGAACGUCCCCACCUAAAAAUAUCCUAUACAUAGAAAAUAUCUUUUAAUUUGUUAUGAGAUCAGUGAAUAGUUUGGAUACAUUAACUCUAGCUGAAAUAUUAUCGAUAGUUUAGAAGUGAGGAGUAAUUUUUUUUUGCUCAGCUGAUAUUCAUCAUUGAUAGUUCAUGACCUCAAAUUCGUUCAAAACAUAGCUUUUAAUAUUUUGGACGGUGCAUUUAAAAUAUUUUGGUUGAAAAAUCCAGCCUUCAGAUUGAGAAGGGUCAUAUUUUGGAUUUCUUAAACAAAGUAUUUUAGUUUUAAUGCAAAAAAUUUGACACCAGCGCUACAAUUACAUAUAAUUUUGCACAAAUCUAGGUAAUGUUUAGAGUUCCCACCAUCCGGUCUAAUUUUUUUUACACAAAAAGAUACAAGGAAAAACGUCGUCCUAAUUAAUUUAGUCUCGUAAUUUAUUGGAGUGCUCAAAAUAGAUUUAACUUUAAGCACAAUAGUUGGACUAGUUUUAAAUAUCUCAUCACUAGUUAUCAAUAGUACAUAAAAUUCAUCCUAGAGUUGUAACCAUGAGUUUACAUUUUCAUACGUCUGAUUCAAUACUCAUAUUUUAGUGUAAGUAAAAUACAGGUGUUCCAGCGCCUUGAAUUUUCUGUUUUUGUUCUGAAGGUUUGAAAUUUUUUUUAACGGAGGUGUGCAUUAGUUGCAGUCAUUCAAAUUUCUCAGCAGUGCUCGUCUACGCGUCAGAAAGCGGUAGUGAUUACUGCAUAAAUCGUUUUUCGAUACUGAUUGAUGUGGACACUGUACUUGGUGCUAAUCAAUUGUCUCUAUUGCAAUUGAUUCCAGCUAAUUUAUAUUUUUAAUUCUCAUUAUUCUCAUUAUCUUAUAAUUUUAGGUGUACAUCACGCUGUGUUUUAGGUUAAGUUCAGUUACGUUGCCAGGCAAAUUCUGCCAAGGACGACCAUAGUAGUUUUGUAGAAAAUUGAUAAUUUACAGACUGUUAAAAGUUGGCAUUCUAGAUUGCAUGGAUGGACCGACUUAUUUUCCAAUCAGUUUCAGCUUCCGGGAGGUAUGCGCACGCAAGCACGUAGAGUGAGGCUAUAUUCGUUGAAGAACGAGAGGAGAGAAAUACUUCGCUGGUCGAAGUACAUAAACACGCAUCUAUACUGUAGUGCUUUAAAAUUUCAUUUUCGAAGUUUCGUUUUGAGGAGAAACAAGCUAACUCUAUACCUUGGAAUUCAUAGAGAAUAUUCUACACUGGAAAAAAAAACACAUUGGAUCUAGAGUCCAGACUCUUGAAAACAUUGAGAAGAAAAAGGACUCUUGAUUCAAUCAGAUUUAAGCUUAAAUCA